AGACGUAAUUACGUCAGAUUCUCCGGAACCGUGGUUCCACUGUAAAUUUUUUAAAAUUCGAAGUAGCUCCCGUGCCGCCACGGAUCACCAUCGUGGGUUCUGCUCCGUUGCGUGGGUCAAGUGUUAGUUUGAUUUUCUGUUGCAGGUGCCACUACCAUCAAUUUAAACGUAACGUGUGUGGUGUCUGUGGCCAUAUUGAAGGAAGGGGGCAGAUACGAGCGUUGAAUUACAAAUUGUAGUGAAAUUCUAAUUUAUUUAGGAACGAAUAUACGUUAAUAAUGGCAACAAAGGCAGAAAAGGACAGGCAGAAACAAAUUCAAGAGAAGUGCCAAGCACUUCUGACGCAAAUGCUAAGAGAUGAAGACAAUAAAUAUUGUGUGGAUUGUGAUGCGAAAGGUCCAAGAUGGGCGUCCUGGAAUCUGGGAAUCUUCCUCUGCAUUCGUUGUGCAGGAAUUCACAGAAAUCUUGGUGUCCACAUUUCGAAAGUGAAGUCCGUUAACUUGGAUACGUGGACACCAGAACAAGUUGUUAGUCUUCAGCAGAUGGGAAAUAGCCGUGCUAGAGCUGUGUAUGAAGCAAAUCUUCCUGACAACUUUAGACGACCACAGACUGACUCUUCACUAGAAGCAUUUGUCCGUGCUAAAUAUGAACAGAAAAAGUAUAUUGCAAGAGAGUGGGUUCCACCAUCUAUACCAAAGGUAAAUUGGGAUAAAGAAUUAGAUGAGGAAGCAGAAAGACAAAAAAGGCGGAAGAAGGAAGCAAAACAGCAACAACAGCAGCAGCAGGCCAGAAAAACUGUGUCGGAUGUUACGGUACCACAGCUGUUGCCCAAACCUAAGGGUUCUACCAGCCCUAAACCUGGACGCACGCAGGCUGAUUUAAACAAACCUGCCAAAACUGCAACACAAGAUCUUUUGGGGCUAGACACCCCCAUUGGCACACUGUCAUCAACAAGUGGUACGGGUACUUCAGGUGGAGAUGAUAUUUUCAGCAAUUUUUUGAGUGCCCCAGCUGCAGCUCCCUCUGCUCUCUCCACCUCCCCAGCACCUAACAAAGCAGAUGCUGACAGCAACAAAGGCCGCUCAGCAGAGGAGGAGAGUUUCUUCAACCAGCCAGCACCUAGCAGUCAAGAAAGGCGACAACUCACCAAAGAUUCCAUAUUGGCUCUGUAUUCAACAGUGCCUUCACAGGCACAGGCUGGGAACCCUGCGUCUGUGUUUGGAAUUCCAGGUGGUGUAUACACACAGACGCAGGCAACAGGGUAUCCCCAGGCUGCAGUGGCAUUUGGUGUGGCAGGAGCUCCUGCAGCAGCAGUUCCUAAUGGUAUGAUGCAGGGAACACAAGUUGUGCAGAAUGGAAUAUAUACAACUAGCCUGCCUCCACAGCAGCCUAACCUGGCUUCAAAUCCAUUUUUUAACAUCGGAGCAGCAGCUGUUGGCAACACUGCAGCCACCACAGCAGGCUUCCCAGCAAUGUCUCAGGAGCAUGCACCGCAGACUGUGAACCAAGAUUUGAUGUUAGAUGUCCCCGGUAGUGCUCAGGCACCAGUGUCAUCUCAGCUACCUCAGCAGAUGGCCCGGAUGAACCUUGGUGGGGUAGCCAUGAUGGCAGCACAACCCCAAGCUGUGAUGGGUCAAUUUCAACCAAUUGGAAUGCAGAUAUCAAGUAUGGGAAUGAACAUUGCACCCACAAUGCCCAAUACAGGCAGUGCAGGUGUGGGAAUUGGUGUAUUUCCACCACCAGCUGGUGCUGGCCACACACUCGCAACCAAUUUAUGGCAGUAAUGCUUCUAGUGAAUGCAGUGUUGUUCCCUCUUUAGGCCAUUGUUGCCGAAUUUGUUAAGGUGAAAUAUUUUAUGCUUUGAAACAUGUCAUGAUUUUAGUGGCAAGGAUAAAAAAAAGAAUGCAUUCAAUGGACAUUAUGUAAGAAUUGUCACGUGGGUUACUGAUGAGCUGUUUGUAAAUCCAAGCCAUUGUGUUAAUUUCAGAAUUCACUAUUUUAGGAUAAAAUACUGAAAUAAUCAAGAUGUUUGUGUUGUGAGUGGUCUAAGUUUUCUCUUUCUAGUAAUGAGCUGUUUCAUCAUUCCAGGCCUUCUGGAAUUGAGGGCUUACUGAUCCUGCACUUCUGUAGCUCUUAAUCUAGAAUGCUGAAGACUACUGCAAUAAUUUCCAAAUUGCAUUGAUAUAUAUUGAAUAGCUUGAAUUCCUUACAUUUGGUUGCAUUUAAGGACAAGAUGCUAGCUAGUCUUACCAAAUUUUCAUUAUGUGCUAUACAUAUCAGCAGCAUUCUAGGCUUGUAGAGUUCUAAAUGUGUGUCUGGAAUGGCUUUUGUCAUUGAUUAUUAUUGGUUUCAAAGUGCUGCAAUGUUAUUUAAUUUUAUUCAAUGCUCUUUGUUGUUGAUAUUAGCUCUUAGAUUCAGUCAUACAGCAGUGUUUGGAAAUUGUUGAAACCCAUCUUUUUCCUGCGUUGUAUGUAUUUAUAUGUGACAAAUAGAUCUGGUGUUUGAUUAUAAUGAGAUUGUGUACAGCAGAUGGUAUACCAGACAACUCUGAUGUUGAGUAGCUGUGUUAAAUCCAGGGAACCAUGGUUUUUGUAUCAUUCAUAUGUGAUUGCGUGAGCUUCAUCAACUAUAAAUACACACAGUGUGUGUAUAUAUUGGAAAAUAUCUGAAGGACAUAUAAUCAUCCCUACAAAAUUAUAUAUAUAAGAUAAUGUUGGAACAGAUUAAACUUUAUUAAACAUCAAGUAUGUAUGUGCAUGUGUGUGUGUGUGUGUGUGUUCUGUUUAUUCUCACCUGAUUGUUGUCAUAAUGUUGUUAACAAUGUCUUCAUAUUAUUAUGUGACAUAAAAUGUUCCUGUAUCAGGUUAAUCCACAUUGCAGGAAUUGCAAGGGAACAGGAGAGCAACAGAGUGCAAUUUAUCCUUUACAAUUUGUAAUUUUUUAGAUUUGAUGGGAUUGGUUAUUAUUAUUAUUAUUAAUUUUUUUCUGUUCAUUAUAAAGAGAGAGAGAAGAUAUUUCUACAGAAAUAUGUGUAUGCAAUAUAAACUACUGAAGACAUUUAUUUUUAUUGUCACGUAGGUACAUUUGUUCUACUUUACAUAGUAGAGAGGAGAGUAUUAACAUUUCAUGAAAUAUGUAAAUUUGGGAAAGUAUCUGGCUUUUAUAAGGCAGAAAAAGCUGUAGAUAUUUCAUAUUCAUAGAAUUACAGAAUCAUGUAUUUAUGAAGAUUUCCGUAUUUAUAUUUGUGGGUGUGAUAAAACUGAAAUAUGAGUUAAAUCUACUAGAAUUAUAUGUGUACUUUCAAAUUUGAUUUUAUUAUUUAUUAUUCAAAACCAAACUUCCAAAUAUUUUUUGUUUUACUGCAGAAUGAUAUUAUUUUGUAUUUAAAUCAGUGCAUUAACCCUUUCAGAUCCUAGGAAGCAUAAAUAAUUCAUACUUGUUUUGAAAGCUAGUAGUCCACAAAGAAAAUUUAGAUUAUGUUAUUACCACAACAAAUUGAAAGUUGAUUGGCAGUUUCUCUUACACAUAAACCACUAGAUAGGUCUAAUGCUACACGUUUGUACUGUCAUUUCUUGGUGUACCUCAAAAUCCAAAGACCAUUAGAAGCUGCUAAUAUAAAGCUUUUAUGAACAUAAUGAACUGUGUUCUGUAGAAAGUAUUAUUUGUUUGUAUUCUAGGUAUCUUUCUAAUAUCCAGUUCUGAAUGUAUCUGUGACUGGUUGUACCUUCAAUAGUCUAUUUUAUGUGAUGCUUUCUAGAUUCUAUCUGAAGAGCAUUUUACAGAAUAAGAAAACUAUCCUUGCCAUGGUAUCUGUUAUAUAAUUGGUAGCCUCAUCUUUGCCUACCAAUAUGUAACAUUCAGAGAACUUCUUUUGUAGCCCAUAAUCCACUGAAUUUCUUAUUUCUUGGGUAAUUGGUUCUUUAUUUAUUUUUACCAGUGCAUAUUUGCAAAGUCAGAGUUGUUUAAAAAUGCUUGCUAGGAAAAUAUUUUAUGAAAUAUGAGAGGAGCGUUGUCACUUCAGUUGGUUCGGACAGAAAAGUAAAAACAUUUAAUUGAAACCAAAAUAAUAUAUAUUGUAAUACAAUACAUAAUUUUCUGAGAGAGUUAGGGUCUUACAUCUUGAGAUUUGAGUUUUUGUUAUGGUGGUGAAGAUGUUGAUUGUAGUCUUGUGGGUUGUUUUGUUAUCCUGUGUUGUCUUGUAGGUGGUUAUCAGUGUUUUGGAGGACCAUAUCAUACUCUGAAGAUGGAUGCAGUACUUUGCACUGAAACAUUGAUCAUCACAUACAAGAUUACACAGUGCUACAACAAAGAAGGCCACACUUAAAAUUUUUACCUCUUCUUCAAGAAUAGGAAGUUUUUUUGAAGUUAAUGGCUUCUUUCUUUGCAUACUUCUUUGCUGAUCUGGAAUUGACAUGCUUUGUUGUUGCUUGUGUUGAUAUCACUGUGGUUUGUGGUUCAUGGCCCUGGUGGUAGUCUGGAUGAGAGAUUGAACUGACAGCUCGUACAAAGUUAACCCUCAUAUUCAAAACCUAACCUUACCUUUCUGAUGUACUUUCUUCUCAAUCUCUCCAGCAUUACUAUUGAAUUCUUCCACAACAUAUAAACAAAGUAAAGAGCAAAUUGCUUUGUCAUUUGUAAAGCUGAUGAUGAUUAGUCAAUAUGAGGUUAUGUUGCACUACUGCCAUAUGAAACUUAGAGUCCUGACAUACAGUUCUGCCACUAAAAGUUCAGUGCAUUAAAUAUAGCACCUCAAAUGAAACUUGCAAGUUAAUAUCUAUCUUUCGUUCACUGUGAGGUUUUAUGUUUUGUUUCUGAAUUUUUAACAGCUUUGUGCAGUAAUAUGUGAUUUCUUACAAAAACUGCAUUCUUUCUGAGUGUCCUUGAUUUUCUAGAACUUCUACAACCUAUAGUGUCAUUUUGUGGUAGAAAUAAACAUUAAAGAAUGUUGGAUGUAAAAUGAGGUCUGUAAGUGUGUGUACAGGACACGUGCUUGGCAGUUCUGAUGUGAAAUUAUUUACAUCCUGACCUGCACAACUGUGCAUCCAGGGUCUGAAAGGGAUUCACUUUUUUUAAUGCUGCUUUAAAGUGUUCUUCACACUUCAGCAUGAAUGAAGAACCGCUUAUGGGCCUAUUCAUGUUUGUUUUUUUCAUGUGGGGUAGGCAGACUGCAUGACGGGUUAUUGUUGUGCAGCAGUGGGACCAGUUAUCCAGUUGUUGGAAUACUCUGUUGUGUGACAAUGACCUUGGAUCACUAUGUAAAAAUGACCUAAGGUGCAGCAGUGACUUGGGAUCACAUUACUGCAACAAUGACCUACAUUUGUGCAACAGGGAUCCAUGUAAUCUGGUGUGAAGAACACCUUUAGAAUUUUAUUGUACUCCAAGAGUACACUUUCCCAACCUUGUUAUUUAAAGAGAUGUUCUGUUAUUAUAUUUCCAUGGUACUAUAUAAUUCCUUUUGUGAGAAAGCUGAAAAGCCAUGAGAGAAGUGUUGAGAGGUGAUGGGACAUAUUUUCUUCAUUGAUGUAUCAGACGCUGAAUAAGUUCAGCCCAGGAAUACUAGUGUUUCUAAAUGAGAUGUCUCAGGAAUGGCAUAGAAAGGGUUGGAAGUAUUUUAUUUUGACAUUAUUGAAAUCAGUGAAUAAUAGGAAAACAAUAAAACAUAAAAAUUUGAGUUUGUUUGUAUACCUAAAAGAUAUUCCAUACUGAAACAUACAUCCACCAAUGUUGGGGAAUAGAUCGUUACAUAACAUAAGAGUUUGUUACAUUAUAUAAUGUUGAAUAAUGGUGUGGUAAAUAGUGAUAUUUUGAUGAAAGCCUAAGUGGCUUUGGUGCAAUAAGCAUACACCACUCAACUCAUGCUGUGUAACUUUGUUUAAAUUAGAUCAGAUUCUUUUAUGCCUUUGUUCAUAAAACCUACCUAAUAUGAAGUUGUUUUAAAAAUAUGUUGUAUUGUAAUGAGUUCAGUAUUGUUUAGUUCUCUGUAAGUUAUGUUAAUAUACAUCCAGUUACACUUCAUAAACUGAGGAAGAGCAUUUGGUUCUACAUAGUGUAACCUGUGUUUAUGCUUAUUUUCAGGUUUAAUAGACUUUAAAAAUCCCAGCUUGUUGGUAAAAUACUGUAAACAUUAAUAUUCUGUGACUUAAUCAAAAUCCUCCACUUUACAUGCUUGAUUCAUCUGCUGACAAAAGUAAACUCUAACAAUUAUAAUAAUUAUUUGUUCUCAAGAUGGUGCUCCUUAAUUAAACUGCAAAAACGAACCAUUAUUUUCACACCUACACACUUUUUACUGCUAUAUAACUGAUAAUUCAUUUGAAAAAUUACCCUUACAAAACACUAAAAAAUGCUUGACAACCCUGUGUACAAGUUCAGAAGGAAAAGUCUUUGAUAUGCACCAGAAAGGUGUGGUUCAACUAGUGUGAAAUGCAGAGUGUAACUUGGUUCUUCAGAUUGAUAUUUAAUGUUGUGUAUUAUAUCACAUACAUCCUAAUCAUCAGCUACACAGUAGCUACACAGUUUGUAGUUUGAACUGAAGGGACUAAAAAGAAUAAAGUAAGUAAUUUUUUUAAAAUUAUGAUUUGAGGUUUUCUUGACAGUACCAGGCUACGUGGUUCUACAAUUCAGAAGACAGCCAUCAUAUUUAGCAAUGUUGGCAAAAUAAAAAAAAAUACCUUUUAUAUUGGAACGUGUUUAUUUUAUUAACAAAAACUUGAUCUAUUAGCCAUGUCACUUGGUUAGAAAUCGCUAACAUUUCAGGGACCGUUUCGCUCCUCAUCCUGUCUGUGCUAACCUCAUGAUGGGGAUGGAGUUGGUCCCUGAAAUGCCAUGAUUUUUAACCAACUGACAUGAGAAGAUUUCUUUAAUGUUUGUCACAUGCUUAUUUUAUGGUAAAAUUUAGCUGAUGAGCAUAACAGUUAUUUGGAUGAGAAUGAGGGAAAAUUUCCUUUAUCUUGGUUUGAACAUUGUUUCCUUUGCUCUUAUAGUAAUAGUGCCAUCAUAAGACUGACCUGUGAAGACAGUGGGGCUCAAGCUAAUGCAAAAAAUGUUUGCCAAUUUUUCUGCUGUUUGAUUUUGGUCUGAACAGAAGAAUGAAUCAUGAGUUUGACACACCAUAUAAAUAUGACAAACUGUGACACAUGAAAUGUUCAGUAAUCUCAUCAACCUCCAGUGACAUAACUGACCCCUUCUGUUUCAUCUUUCACCAUUCACUGUUUGUACACUUGAUAUAUGUAGUCAAGCAGUUCAUUUUGUACAGUUUUAGAAGUGAAUUUUUUUACAUUCUAGUUUCAGAGGUACUCAUCUAAAACACUAUACAAAGUUGCAGGUUCUGAUUACACGAUCAUAAGAGGCUUCAGUUUCAUCGUGUUCCGUUUGCAUCAGUUAUGUACCCAACUCUUCUUACGAGCAUAUGAAGUUGAAAACAACCUAUUAUGCCUUGUGUUGCUGUGCUCAAGUUUAAAGUACCAAGCUGUUUUAACAAUUUUCUUUCUCCUAUACUUAAGGAUAAAAAUGAGGUCUUUAAUAUUACAUUUAUUCUGUCUUUAAUUUUAGGUAUUUAACACAGUAUUAUAGUCACUCCUGUUCAGCAUUCAGAUAAAAGAACUUAAUUAUUUUGGUAUAGCAGGCACAGUAGUUUUUGGCCGGUGGAGAAGCUAGCGGAGUUGGCGGACUCUGUACUUGAGGUGGUCAGGUCAGUGUAUUUGUUUUGUUCUGGCAUUCAGUCUGAUAAGCUCCUCAUCCUUCCUGGAGGCAGACGAAACAUGACACUAUGGUACAAGUGACUCGCUCCUAGUCUUCCCCUUGAAUAUUCCACUGGACAAAAGCUACUGUGACCACUAUAUAUGAUACUCCAUGGAGCCAAGUCCUUGCAGAGAAGCCAAUAUUCACUCAGCCACUCAAGAAUUUCCUAACAUUUUAUGGAACAUUAAGGUUCAUUACCUGUCAUGAUGUAAUAUAUGAUAGCAGCAUACAAAGUAGCAAUAAAUAAGAAUCACAAUAGUAUCUUAAUCAACACAGGCAUUGUGGAAAGGUGAACUUCACUCUUGAAAUUCAAACUGAAGCCAAAGGAGUCAGUAGAAUCUCAGUGUGACUUUCAUUGCUUUUCUGUCAAAAGUGUGCUCUUCUUCCACCCUUUGAGCAGAAUUAAACAAGAAUGUUUUAUUUGUGACAUAAGAAAUAUUCAAGCUUGAAUCCAAGAGAGGUUAAUUUGUGAGCCAACAGCAUGUGGUGGAGUUUCCUCUCAGAGGGUACAACUGGCUGUGGUACAUCGACUAGCCCAUAGUAGCUCCUCAGAGAACAGUUUACGUGAAUGUUUUACACAUAAGGAAUAACGUGCUAAGAGAGACUGGUUUUAAAUAGUCCUCAACUAGUUCCAAUACAGUACAGCCGCUAUAAUUAUACGCUUUUCACUGUCAGACAUUACAACACCAAGUACAUUGUUUUAUCUCUGGGGACAUGUCAUCAGCUGCCCCUAAAGAUGCACAACCCCUGAUUCACUGCCAUCCCUGGAUAUAGCAUUUGUCUGUGCUGUGCAUCAACCCUUUUGCUUUUUGUUUGUGAACACAUGAAUUGUAGCACCAGAUUUAGAGAGUGAAAGUUGGAGAGAGAGUAUAUAGUGAGAUCCAUUUUAAAUUACAAAACAUUAAAACAUGAUACUCAUGUUUACUGCAUUUGUUUAAGCUGAACAUAGGCAACAAGUUAUGGGGAUAAUAAUUAUACCUUAAUAUUGCCGGUAUGGUGUCAACAUUUGUGGUGUCUUCUUAGACUACAGCAACAGUACAUGCACAAGGUUCUUCCAGUAACCCCACCCAAAAAGGUCAUGUGAAUUUGAGAACCAAGCAGUAGCUCUAAGUAAUGCCACAAAUUUGCAUAUAAAUUUUGAUUACUGAAGUUGUGUGCUUGGAAGACCAGUGCAGAGUACACUGUCUUGCUGGACGAUAUUAUUGUGUUCAUCAUCUUGCAAUUGCAGUGAAAUGUAACUCCACACCAGAGUUCUGGACUUGUUCCCUCCAGCUUAUAGAAAACAUGGCCUGAUUGGUGAACAGCCAUCUAAUGAGAAAGUGUUCAUUUUGUUAACAUACCAAAGUUAUGAAUUCUAAAUGAGAUGCAAAAAUCUUACUAUUGUAAAAACUGCAGGUGCUGGAUGUGGUAUGUAAAGAUUUUCAAGUAAUGAUGCUAUGCCUUGGUGGUCUUGGUGGUGGUUGUAAGGUACUUUUUUCUUUGCCAGUGACUUUUUGAGACUUGCUUCUUCUUCUUCUUCCUCGGUUCUACAGACUGGGGAAGGCUUUGGCCUCCCUCACAAUGAGCCCUCAUUCUUCUCUACUCCACAACUUCUCCCACCACCUUCCAACCCACAUGGUCCUUAUGUCGUCCUCCAAGUUCUGCAUCCAUCUCUUCCGCAUCUCCUCCUUCCUUCCAUUCUCCCACGCAGCAACUUCCUCGGCAACCUUUCCUCAUCCAUCUGCUCCACAUGGCCUAGCCAAGCCAGCCGUUGAGACUUCACAAAUCCUGAGACUUGUUACCAUAGCUUAUAAAACUCACUCUUUCAAUAUCUCCAUAAUGAUUUCUCCUUCCACAAUGCAUAUUCAGAAUAGAGCCAGUUUUCUCAAAUAUUCAACACCAUCUCUUCGUAUUUUGGUACAAAUAAGCUUUGUGAAUGUCAUACACAUAUCUGUACUCCUGUUGCUCCCUUGUUACACUUUGAAAUUGCUGUUGGGUACAUUUCAUUCUCUGCAUCAGAGUCUUUGCUAUUUUGAAAUUUCUGCAACAGCAACACCUCUACAGGUUUUGCUCUGGGGUGAUAUACAAUAUUUGUUGCUAGGCUAUCAUGAUUCCUCCACAUACCUGAUAAUAAAUAAGAACUGGCAUAUAUUUAGUUUUACUUUCAUGCCAUUUCAAAUGGAUCUAUUGUAGUUUUUCCACAGAAAUAUUUAGAAUCUCAAGAAUUGUUUGUAUAACACAGAGUGGGAAGACUUGCAUGAAAUGUAUAAGAGUGCAUAAUAGUGAAAGGGUUAGAGAAGGGAAUGGUUGUUAGAAACAUUAAAAUAAACCCUUCCUGAAAGUGUACUUUGAAUAAAUACAAGAAUGGUUUUAUUGUAUUUUAUAUUAUCUAUAUCAACCUAAGAUAGGUGAAGUACUUUAUUACUGUAUAUUUUGAGUUUAGUAGAAUUUAUGGCUAAGAGCUUAUCGUUUUAAUAUGGUACUUUGCAUUUUUAUUGUUGGUACCUUGUGGCAUUAUUCUGUAGUGACACUAAUGUAUGUGAAUUUUUCAUACCAGAAGCUGUAUUAGUAGUGUUCACAUUUUGCAAACUCUAGAUUUUAAGAUUCACUUUGCACUGUAAUAGAAGUACAUUUAUAAAUAUGAAAAUCAUUAUUUUAUUAGUAGACAGUGUUAUAUUGAAGUACUAGUCUCUGCAUCUUUAGCUCUGAACUAUUGCAAUCAGUAUAUGAAAUUCAAAUUACCUGAAUGUGCAUAUUCAGCUCACAUAAUGGUUCAUGAUAUAUCUUCUGCUUUUUUAUCAUAUAGCUUUCAAGUAAAAUAAUGUAGUAAAAAUAAAAGCAAGAGUAACCAACCACAUUAGUAUUAAAUUAUGGAAAUCGUUCUUCUUUACAGUAUCUAAAUUAAAUCACAGUUUUGUGUUUAAACUCUGGAGGCACUAAACUGAUGAAAGUUGCCGAUGUAAUGGCAGGUUUUUGGUGGUGGUGGUGGUGGUGGUAGUGGAACAUGUGCAUAUGUUCUUUUUGAGUGUAUUUGGCAAGGGGACAAUGAGUGCUUUUAUUACUUUUUCAAAAAAGAAUCUGUUUUCAAACUCUUCAUUGAAUUUUAGAUCAUGUCAUCUGACUUAUUCAGUGUGGUAUCACAAAGUCAGAAUGAUACUUUUUCUUUUGCUGUGUAUGCAACAUGUAACUUACAAGAUAUUUUUAGGAAAAGCAUUAUCAAAGUAAAACAUGGGUACCUGAUAGUCUAGCACAUUCCUUAAUAGCAGUCAUUCAGAUACAAGGUUUUGUAAAUAACAUUCUGUUUUACAAAUAGGAAUCAUCAUUAUGGCAUUAAAUAUCACUGUCUUUAUUUUGGUGAUAAGAUAACUGUAUAAAAGUUGAUGUAUAAAACAAGAAACCACUAUUAAAGACUAUUUUGAUGUUCUUUUCCA